CGUCUUCAAAUCCCUAGCAGUGGUGCAGCUGAAACUCCCUUCAAAUCCCUAGCACUGAACGGCCGCUGAUAUUCCCUUCAAAUCCCAAACAUCUCACAACAGCUCAUUCCUCCAGAGAGCCGCAGGUCGCAGCUUGCAACUAGCUCGCAGCUUCCAUCUUCUUUUGGAACGAAUAUCCUCAUCCCGAAGGAACUAAAUGUCUCAAACUUAAAUACUUUAGGGACUUAUCGUUCAAAUUAUGGAUGGUUUGCCACGUUUGUAAACUCCGGCGUGCUACAUCAGAUUUUUCCGACCUCAAUCUCGCUUGAGGGACGAAAGGGGUACCUUCCAAUAGUUGAGACACGAAAAUGGGACAAAAAAAAGGAAAAGGAGGAAAAUGAAAUCACGGUCAUAGUUGAGGGACAAAAAGUUUACUUUUGCCAAUCUUCAUCGGAUCAUCCAAAGUCCAAACCGGAAAGGGGACAUAUUUUAGUGGUCUGUCAGUUCAAGGCAGCCCCGACGCCGGCGAGGAAGCGAUGGAUCCUUACUCAGGAGGAGGAGGGGGGAACUGGACAAUGAUUCCAAAUGUGACUUCCCAUGCUAGCUCCCCUGCAACUUCAAAUCCGGACAAUUUAUACCAACUCCAUCAUCACCCAUCGCCCCAGCAACAACAGCAAUUUAACCAGUUUCAACAACCACCAGCGCAACAACAAUACCAAUUUCAGCAGCAGGAACCGCCACAACAACGUUUUAUACAACAACAGCAGCCGCAGCAGCAGCCGCAGCCGCAGCAGCAGUCACUUGCUUCUCACUUCCACCUCUUGCGAUUGGUGGAGAAUUUGGCGUAUGUAAUCGAGAACGGGACUCGGGAUCAACAAUCUGAUGCAUUGGUCACUGAACUCAACAAUCACUUUGAGAAGUGCCAGCAGCUGCUAAACUCGAUAGCCGGAUCCAUUAACACUAAGGCUAUGACAGUUGAGGGUCAGAAGCGUAAGGUGGAGGAAACAGGGCAAUUGCUAAAUCAACGGAGGGACCUAAUUGCCAAGUAUCGAGGCUCUGUUGAAGAGCUUAUCAGUUCAGAACCAUAGCUGCAUUUCUUAGUCUCCUACGUAGGGAUAUGAAGUUCCCUUCUAUUUCUUGUUCCUGGUAAAUGAGCAUACUUGUUUGUGUCGACAAAAUUUGUGCCAAUUCUAUGGUUGAAGUUUCUGUUUCUGCCUCCACAAGUGAUCUUGUCAUCUUGAUGAUACAACAUUGUCUUAAAAUGACUUUGUCAGCAGAGAGUAUAUUAUUUUGACCGUCAUAUUGGCUCUGUUGGAAUGUUGAAUGAUCUCCAUGAUUCUGCAAGUUGCAAGUUGUAGAGGAAAAGUGGAAAACCCUAUGUUAUAUGGAACAUAUGUUUUAUCAGAUAGUGGGUAAAAUUUUCUGUUUGUCUUCCUUUCCUUCUGUAAAGCCUUUGUGAUUUUGUUCCGUGAGAAUAUCAUGCCUUGUUAAGCCA